CCGGUGUCCGUCACCCAUCGUUUCUCUGGAGGGAAGCUGGGGAGGAUUUGGUGGCUUGGGAGACCUCUAUACUUAAACAUAUCUGGACCGGAGCAAGUGGCGAAGUUGGAGUCAGUUUGAAAACUAGUGGAUGGCAAGUUUUCUCUCAGCGAAUACUGUGGGAGCCUUUUGCUGAACUUGUGAAAAAGUGCCAAAAUGGCAGACAAUCCAGAGUAUGAGGAGGAUUUUGAGGAGGAGGAGGAAGAGGAGACUCUGGGCGAGUAUGUUAAGCAGAUUACAACGACAACUGUGACUGAGCACACGACUCAGUCUUUGCAGUCUGGCUUGCCCACUCGGAAAGUCAGAAAGAGGGCCAAAGUCGACACCUCAAAGUUCAUGACUCCAUACCUGGCCCACAGCAUGAAGAUGCUGGAGCAGUACAGCCACAAUAAGUAUCGCCAAGCUUAUGAGAUGUCCAAGGGGGCCCCUCCUGCCCUCACCACUGACACCCCUGAACUGAUUCGCAUCAGGAAGGCCCAGGAGCAGCUGAGUGAGGUUAAAUAUCGCAUGGAGGGAAAUAAGGUUCGAACCUCCAGCUUGUACGAUGGCGAAGCUCGGGAGAUCGCCCACGUGAAGCGUGUCUCAGAGCUGAUGAGCAAGGUUCUCUACAGGCAAAAGUGGGAUGAGACUAAGGAUAAGUACCUGCUGCCCCCUGACGCUCCUGAACUGGUUCUGGCUGUGAAAAAUGCUGCCAAUUACAGCAAAAAACUCUACACCGAGGCCUGGGAUGAAGAGAAGGUCCUGUACUGUCCUUACAGUGACAGCCCUGAGCUGCGCAGGGUGGCAAAGGCUCAGGAGGUCUUCAGUGAUAUUCGCUAUAAGAAGGGUCAUGAUCAGCGCAAAGCCAAGUACACUUGCUUACCUGAUCCUCCAGAGGUGGAACUGGCCAGAAGAGUGGCGAAUCAGCGCAGUGAUCUCAAGUACAAGGAGGAUUACAAUAAAAACGUGAAGGGGCAGUGGUGUGAGACGCCCUACUUUGACAUAGCCAUUGCCAGGAUGGCGAUGGACAACCUCAGUGAUAGAAAAUACACUCAAAAGUUUGAGGAUACGAAAGACCAAAUUUAUUUCAUGCAAACAGAGACGCCGGUUUACGAGACGCAGAAGAAAGCUCGCAUUGCUGCUAGUGAGGUCCAAUACAAGAAGGAAUAUGAAAAGAAAAAAGAUCAGUCGGACUACAACACCCUCCCCGCCACAGAGAAUCCUCUCCUUAGACAGCUCCGAUACGCUGGCACCAUCCUCAGUGAUAAAGUCUAUAAAGCCAGCUAUGAGAAAUCCAGGGGUUCCAGUAUCAACUACUGCGACACACCAAAGUUCCAGAUGGACUCAGUGCUUAAAAAGUUCACUGAUAUACGUUACAAAGAGAAAUAUGAAAAUGAGGUGAAGGGGCACUACGUUGGCAGCUAUGAAGACCUUUAUAUGGUUCACUGCCAAAAAAUGGAAGAAAUGAAGAAUGAGCAAUUAUACAAAGCAGAUUAUGAAGACAUGAAAAUACGCAGCUAUUUUCCCCAAACUAUAACCCCUGAGUUUGAAGCUCACAAGAAGCUUCAGAAAUGUAACGAUAAAGUUUACCGACAGCAUCCAGACACGGUGAAGUUUACACAAGUUACUGAUUCGCCUGUGCUGGUUCAAGCCCAAAUCAACGCCAAACAACUAAGUGAUUUGAACUAUAAAGCAAAGUAUGAAAAAACAAAGUUCAAGUGCAGUCUGCCUUCAGACUACCCCUUCUUCAUCCAGUCAAGAGUUAAUGCUUUUAACCUCAGUGACAAUUGUUACAAAUAUGACUGGGAAAAAACGAAAGCAAAGAAGUUUGAGAUCAAGGGCGAUACCAUUUCAAUCCUCGCUGCUCGCGCUCACACAAACAUUGCCAGUGAUGUUAAAUACAAAAAGGAGUAUGAGAAGAACAGGGGACAUAUGGUUGGGGCCCUAAGCAUUAAUGAUGAUCCAAAGAUCCUGCACUCUGUUCACGUUGCCAAAAUCCAGAGUGAUCGUGAAUACAAGAAGAACUACGAAAAGAUAAAGACCAAGUAUCAUGCACCGCUGGACAUGAUAUCUGUCACCACCGCCAAGAAAUCUCAGGCAAUUGCAAGCAUGGCUGGGUACCGGAGCAUCAGCACCAACUUUUUCCUCCCCCAUGACAGUGUUCUGCUGGACUUGGCCAAAAAGGCCAACAGCAUCCAAAGUGAUAAUGAAUAUAAGGCUGAGUACAACAACUACACUAAAGGUUCGCCAUGGGUCCCCUACGGCUCCUUGGAGGUGGAGAAAGUUAAGAAAGCUGGUGAAAUCCUGAAUGAGAAAAAGUACAGGCAGCACCCAGACACAAUCCCCUUUACAUCUAUUGAUGAUCACCCCAUCAUGCUGCAAGCCAGAGUAAACCAGCUGCAGAGGAGUGAUCUUUUCUACAAAAGAGGGAUUCAGGAAGUCCAUCAAAAAUACUCACUACCUCCUGAUAUACCAGAGUUUAUUCAAGCCAAAUGCAAUGCUUACAACAUCAGCAAGAACUACUAUAAGCUUGCCUGGCAGGAGACGAUCGCUAAAGGUUAUGACCUCAAGGUCAAUGCCAUCCCUAUCGUUGCUGCUAAAGCGGCUAGGCAUGCUGCUAGCGAUGUCCAAUACAAAAAGGCUUAUGAGAAGGCCAAAGGUCACCACGUGGGCUUCCGAAGCCUCCAGGAUGACCCUCUGCUGGUUCAUUACAUGCAAGUAGCCAGAAUCCAGAGUGACAAACUCUACAAGAAGGACUACCAAAAGGCUAAGCUGAAGUAUCACACCCCGGUGGACAUGCUGAGUGUGGUCCAUGCUAAACAGGCCUCUGCUGUACAGACCUUUGUGGGCUACAAGCAGCAUCACCACAACUACUGCCUUCUCCCCGACUCCGUUGGUCUUCAGCUUGCUCGUAACAUGAGCGUCAACGCCAGUGAUAACAACUACAAACUUGAGUAUGAGUCUUUUAUCAAGGGAACUGGCUGGGUGCCGAUUGGCUCCCUGGAUGUGGAGAAGGCGAAGGUGGCCGGAGCGGCUCUUGAUGAGAGGAAGUAUCGGCAGCACCCAUCUACUUUUAAGUUUACCAGCGUCUCUGACUCUAUGAGCAUGGAGCUGGCCAAAGCCAAUGCCAAGAUACUGAACGCGAAAGAGUAUAAAGCUAGUGGAGAGAAGUUCAUGCACACUUACCACCUCCCAGCUGAUGCUCCUGAAUUCCUGCAAGCCAGGUACAAUGCUGUCAAUAUCAGCCAGAAUUAUUACACCUACUCUCAUCGUCAAGAUUUGCUCAAAGGACAUCACGUAAAGGAGGAUUCCAUCCCCAUUGUUGCUGCAAAAUCCUCAAGAGACAUUGCCAGUAAUUACAAGUAUAAACUGGCUUUUGAGAAGGCAAGGGGCCAUCAUGUUGGCUUCCGUAGCCUUCAGGAUGACCCUUUGCUGGUUCAUUUCAUGGAAGUGGCUAAAAUGCAGAGUGAAAAGCUCUACAAGAAGGACUACCAUAAGGCCAAGCUGAAGUAUCACACCCCUGUGGACAUGCUGAGUGUGGUCCAUGCUAAACAAUCCUCUGCUGCUCAGACCAUGGCUGGAUACAGGAACAUUCCUCACAGCUUCAUGCUCCUUCCUGACAACUUGCACCUGCAGCGUUGUCGCAACAUGAUGGAGAUCCAGAGUGAUAAUGUCUAUAAAUUAGAUUAUAAUGUCAACUGCAAAGGUAUUGGCUGGGUUCCUAUCGGUUCUGUUGAUGUUGAGAAAGCUAGAACUGCCAAGGCAGCGCUGGAUGACAUAGGCUAUCGUCAGCAUCCCAGUACACUCAAAUUCACAAGCAAGACUGACGCAAUGAAUAUGGCUCUGGCUUUGACCAACACAAAACUGAUGGACAAAGCUGCUUACAAAGCUUCUGGUGAGAAGUUUAUGCACACCUAUCAUCUUCCAGCAGACAGCCCAGAGUUUCUUCAGGCUAAGUUCAACGCUCAGUCCCUUAGCGAGAGUUACUACAAGCACAAAUGGCUGGAAACCAUUGCCAAAGGAUAUGACAUGAAACCUGAUGCAAUUUCUAUUCUGCAUGCAAAGCAAGGGAGACAUAUUGCCAGUAAUGUCCAGUAUAAGAAAGAAUAUGAAAAGGCAAGGGGCCAUCAUGUUGGCUUCCGUAGCCUUCAGGAUGACCCUCUGCUGGUUCAUUUCAUGGAAGUGGCUAAAAUUCAGAGUGACAAGCUCUACAAGAAGGACUACCAUAAGGCUAAGCUGAAGUAUCACACCCCUGUGGACAUGUUGAGUGUGGUCCAUGCUAAACAAUCCUCUGCUGCUCAGACCAUGACCGGAUACAAGCAGGUUCCUCACAACUACACACUUCUUCCUGACAACUUGCACCUGCAACUGUGCAGAAACAUGAACUUUCAGUCAAGUGACUUUAAUUACAAAUCUGAAUGGAACAACUAUAUCCGUGGUAUUGGUUGGGUCCCCAUUGGCUCAAUUUCCGUAGAAACUGCUAAAGUUGGUGGUGAUAUUCAGAAUGAAAAGAAGUACCGCACUCACCCAUCACAGUUCAAGUUUAGCAAGCUGAUGGACUCCAUGGACUUGACUUUAGCUACUGCAAACAACCAGAUCAUGAACAGGAAAGCAUACACUUCAGCUUGGGAAAAGGACAAGUUGAAAAUUCACGUCAUGCCAGAUUCUCCUGAAAUUGUUCUGGCCAAAGCUAACGCUUUGAACAUGAGCAAUAAACUUUACAAAGCUGGCGUUGUAGAGAUGGCCCUCAAAGGCCACAACCUUAAAGCCGAUGCCAUUCCCAUUGUGGCUGCAAAGACUGGCACCAAAAUUGCCAGUAAUUACAAGUACAAAUUGGAUUAUGAGAAGGCGAGAGGUCACCAUGUUGGUUUCCGUAGCCUUAAGGAUGAUCCCCUCUUGGUUCAUUACAUGGAAGUGGCAAAAAUUCAGAGUAACAAGCUCUACAAGAAAGACUACGAGAAGUCCAAGCUGAAGUAUCACACCCCAGUGGAUAUGCUGAGUGUGGUCCAUGCCAAGCAGGCCUCUGCUGCUCAGACUAUGGCUGGAUACAGAAAGAUCUACCACACCAAUGCUCUCCUUCCUGAUGCUUUGAACCUACAGCUAGCACGUGUGAUGAAUGAACAGUCCAGUGACUGGAAUUACAAGGCUGAAUGGAACAACUACAUCAGAGGAAUUGGAUGGGUUCCUAUUGGUUCUGUAGCAGUUGAGUUAGCCAAAGUCGGUGGUCAGAUUUUGAGCGACCACAAGUACCGUACCCAUCCAUCCAAUUUCACAUUCCGCAAGCUGAUGGACUCCAUGGACAUCGCUUUGGCUACUGCCAACAACCAGAUCAUGAACAAGAAAUCAUACACUGAAGCCUGGGAGAAAGACAAAACAAAAGUCCAUGUGAUGCCUGAUUCUCCUGAAAUUGUUCUGGCUAAGGCUAAUGCCAUUAAUAUGAGCAAUAAACUUUACAAAGCUGGUGUCGUGGAGAUGGCCAAUAAAGGAUACAACCUCAAAGCAGAUGCUAUUCCAAUCCAAGCCGCUAAGUCUGGUACCACGAUUGCUAGUAAUUAUAAGUACAAGCUGGCUUUUGAGAAGGCCAAGGGUCACCACGUGGGCUUCCGUAGCCUCCAGGAUGACCCUCUGCUGGUGCACUACAUGGAAGUGGCCAGAAUUCAGAGUAACAAGCUCUACAAGAAAGACUACGAGAAGUCCAAGCUAAAGUAUCACACCCCUGUGGACAUGCUGAGUGUGGUUCAUGCCAAGCAGGCCUCUGCUGCUCAGACCAUGAUUGGGUACAAAAAGGUUAUCACACACUACAACGUGCUGCCCGAUGCCAUGAAUCUGGAACUCGCCCGUAACAUGCAGUUCAUUGCCAGUGAUAACCAGUACAAAAAGGAGUAUGAUAUGUACAUGAAAGGAAUCGGAUGGGUUCCCAUUGGUUCACUGGAUGUUGAAAAAGCAAAAGCUGCUGAAAAAGCUCUGAGUGAACAACUGUACCGCCAGCAUCCCAGCAAUUUCAAAUUCACCAAAGACAUGCAUUCUAUGGACCUGGCUCUGGCCACCGCCAACAACCAGAUCAUGAAUAAGAAAUCCUACACUCAAGCCUGGGACAGUGACAAGACGUCGAUCCACAUCAUGCCUGAUGCAAUGAAUGUUGUUCUGGCAAGAGACAACAAGAAGAACUACAGUGAGAAACUCUACAAAUUGGAUAAUGAACUUUCCAAGAAGAAAGGUCAUAACCUUCGAGGAGAUGCAAUCCCAAUUCAGGCAGCAAAGGCCUCCACUGUUAUUGCUAGUGAUUACAAGUACAAGACAGGAUACCGCAAGCAGGUCGGCCACCACAUUGGAGCCCGCAGCAUCCAGGACGAUCCUCUGCUCAUGCUGGCUCUGAACUCAGCCAAGAUUGCCAGUGAUGCUCUGUACAAGAAGGACUUCAACAAUUUCAAGACCAAGUUCCACCUGCCGGUGGACAUGCUGUCCUUUGAACUGGCCAAAAAGAACCAGAUCCAAGUCAACCAUUUUAACUACAUAACUCGUCUACACAACUGGACCUGUCUGCCAGAUUCCACUGACGUGGUUCAAGCCAGACAUGCAUACAAUCUGCAAAGUGAUGCUGUCUACAAGGAAGACCUGAAGAUGAUGCAGGGUCUGGGCUGGGUGCCUAUAGGUUCACUGGAUGUUGAGAAAGUGAAGAAAGCCGGUGAGAUCCUGAGUGAGACAAAGUACCGUCAGCACCCAAGCAACUUCAAGUUCAAGCUCACCACUGAGGACAUGCCCAUGGCAUUAGCCAAGGCCAAUGCUCAAAACACGAACAAGAGUGCUUACAUUCAGGCCUGGGAAAAGGACAAAACCACUGUCCAUAUCAUGCCUGAUGCUAUGGAUGUUGUUCUGGCCAAAGCAAACAAGGUCAUCUACAGCGAGAGCAAGUACAAACAGGCAUACGAGGAAUCCAAGAAGAAAGGAUAUGACCUACGAAAUGAUGCUGUUUCUGUUGUUGCUGCAAAGGCUUCAAGGGAUAUCGCCAGUGAUUACAAAUACAAGGCCGGUUACCGUAAGCAGGUCGGCCACCACAUUGGAGCCCGUAGCAUCCAGGACGAUCCUCUGCUCAUGCUGGCUCUGAACUCAGCCAAGAUUGCCAGUGAUGCUCUGUACAAGAAGGACUUCAACAAGUCCAAGACCAAGUUCAACUUGCCAGUGGACAUGUUGAAUCUUGAACUUGCAAAGAAAUGCCAGAAGCAAGUCAAUGACUUCAACUAUAGAACUCGUCUGCACCAGUGGACCUGCCUGCCUGACUCCAGUGACGUGGUUCAAGCCAGACAUGCAUAUGACCUUCAAUCAGAUAAUAUUUACAAGGAGGACCUGAAGAUGAUGCAAGGUAUUGGAUGGGUCCCAAUAGGUUCAUUGGAUGUUGAGAAAGCGAAAAAAGCUGGUGAGGUUCUAAGUGAGAGACAGUACCGUCAGCACCCGAGCAACUUCAAGUUCAAGUGUACAACUGAGGAUAUGCCGAUAGUGCUCGCUACAGCCAACGCUAAGGUUAUGAACAAGAAAUUGUAUGUUGAAAACUGGGAGAAUGAGAAGUCAAAGAUCCACAUCAUGCCUGAUGCCAUGGACUGUGUUCUAGCCAAAGCCAACAGUUAUAACUACAGCUUGAAAAAAUACAAAGAAGAAAAUGAAGAGGCCAAAAAGAAGGGCUACGACCUGCGCAAUGAUGCCGUUUCCAUACUAGCAGCGAGAGCAUCCAGGGAUAUUGCCAGUGAUUACAAGUACAAGACAGGAUACCGCAAGCAAGUUGGUCACCACAUUGGAGCCCGCUGUGUCCAGGAUGACCCUCUGAUCAUGCUAGCUCUGAAUUCAGCAAAGAUUGCCAGUGAUGCUCUGUACAAGAAGGACUUCAACAAGUCCAAGACCAAAUUCCAUCUGCCCGUGGACAUGCUGAACCUUGAGUUGGCCAAGAAAUGCCAGAAGCAAGUCAACAAUUUCAAUUAUAUCACUCGUCUGCACCAGUGGACAUGUCUGCCAGACUCCAAUGAUGUGGUUCAAGCCAGACAUGCAUAUGACCUGCAAAGUGAUGCUGUAUACAAAGAAGAUCUGAAGAUGAUGCAGGGCAUCGGAUGGGUGCCCAUAGGUUCACUAGAUGUGGAGAAGGCAAAAAAAGCUGCUGAAGUUUUGAGUGAAAGAAAGUACCGUCAACAUCCAAGCAACUUCAAAUUCAAGUGCACUACUGAAGACAUGCCUUUGGUGUUGGCUAAAGCCAAUGCUCAAGUUAUGAACAAGAAAGCCUAUACGGAAGUGUGGAACAAAGAAAAGACAAAGAACCACAUCAUGCCCGAUGCGAUGGAUGUGCUCCUAGCUAAGGCAAACAAUGUCAACUACAGCUUGAAAAAGUACAAACAAGCACAUGAAGACUCCAAGAAGAAGGGUUAUGACCUGCGAGGUGAUGCCAUAUCUAUUCUGGCUGCAAGAGCAACCAGGGACAUUGCAAGUGAUUACAAGUACAAGACAGGAUACCGCAAGCAGGUCGGCCACCACAUUGGAGCCCGCAGCAUCCAGGACGAUCCUCUACUCAUGCUGGCUCUGAACUCAGCCAAGAUUGCCAGUGAUGCUCUGUACAAGAAGGACUUCAACAAUUUCAAGACCAAGUUUCACCUGCCGGUGGACAUGCUGGCCUUUGAACUGGCCAAAAAAAACCAGAUCCAAGUCAACCAUUUUAACUACAUAACUCGUCUACACAACUGGACCUGUCUGCCAGAUUCCACUGACGUGGUUCAAGCCAGACAUGCAUACGAUCUCCAAAGCGAUGCUGUAUACAAAGCUGACCUGAAAUGGCUCCAAGGUCUGGGCUGGGUGCCUAUUGGGUCAGUUGAUGUGGAAAAAUCCAAGAAAGCUGCAGAGAUUUUGAGUGAAAGAAAGUACCGCCAGCACCCCAGCACUGUGCCAUUCCACAGUCUAACAGAUGCCAUGAAUAUUGUGCUUGCAAAGAAUAAUGCUUUGACCAUGAACAAGCGCCUCUACACUGAAGCAUGGGAGAAAGACAAAGUUAAGCUGCACAUUAAACCAGACACUCCUGAGAUUGUUCUCGCUCAACAAAAUGCAGUGAACAUGAGCAAGAAAUUAUACAGACAAGGUUUUGAGGAAACCAUUAAGAAGGGUUACUUCCUUCCUCCUGACUCAGUCUCUGUCAAGGCUGCCAAGGGCUCCAGGGAGAUCAUCAGUGAUUACAAGUACAAGACAGGAUACCGUAAGCAGGUCGGCCACCACAUUGGAGCCCGCUGUGUCCAGGAUGAUCCUCUGAUCAUGCUGGCUUUGAACUCAGCCAAGAUUGCCAGUGAAGUUCUGUACAAGAAGGACUUCAAUAAGUCCAAGACCAAAUUCCAUCUGCCCGUGGACAUGCUGAACCUUGAGUUGGCCAAGAAAUGCCAGAAGCAAGUCAACCACUUCAAUUAUAUCACUCGCCUGCACCAGUGGACUUGCCUGCCAGACUCCAAUGAUGUUGUACAGGCCAGGAAAGCCUAUGAUCUUCAGAGUGAUGCUGUGUACAAGGCAGACUUAGAUGAAGUUGUUGGCGUAGGGUGGGUCCCCAUAGGCUCUUUGGAUGUGCUGAAGGCUAAGAAUGCUUCAAAAAUUCUCAGUGACCUUCUCUACAAGCAGAAACCAGAGACUCUGAAAUUCACCACAGACAUGCAUUCUAUGCCCAUGGUCUUGGCAAAAACGAAUGCAGAAAUCAUGAAUAAGAAAAACUACAUAGCUGCAUGGGAGGCAGAUAAGCUUAAGACCCAUGUGACCCCAGACCUCCCUGAACUGCUGCUUUCUAAGGCCAAUGCCUACAACAUCAGCAAGAAACUUUAUAGAGAAGAUGUCGAGAAGAUUUUCAGAAAGGGCUAUGACAUGAAGGCUGAUGCUGUUUCCAUCAUUGCCGCCAAACACGGAAGAGAAAUCAUCAGUGAUUACAAGUACAAGACAGGUUACCGUAAGCAGGUCGGGCACCACAUUGGAGCUCGCUGUGUCCAGGAUGAUCCCCUGAUCAUGCUGGCUCUGAACUCAGCCAAGAUUGCCAGUGAAGUUCUGUACAAGAAGGACUUCAACAAAUCCAAGACCAAAUUCCACCUGCCAGUGGACAUGUUGAACCUUGAACUUGCAAAGAAAUGCCAGAUACAAGUCAAUGACUUCAACUAUAGAACUCGUCUACACAAUUGGACCUGUUUGCCAGAUUCCAAUGACGUGGUACAGGCCAGGAAGGCUUAUGACCUGCAAAGUGAUGCUGUGUAUAAGGCUGACAUGGAAUGGGUCAAGGGAAUGGGAUGGGUACCAAUAGGUUCAGUUGAUGUUGAGAAAGCCAAAAAAGCAGCUGAGAUUCUGAGUGAGAGGAAGUAUCGCCAGCAUCCCAGCACCUUCAAAUUUACUGCCAAGACAACUGACAUGCCAUACGCCCUCGCCCAGGCCAAUGCCCAAAUCAUGAACAAGAAAGCAUAUGUUGCUGCCUGGGAGAGUGAUAAGACCAACCUUCACAUCAUGCCUGACACUCCAGAGAUCAUCCUGGCCCAGCAGAAUAAACUCAACACCAGUCUGAAAUAUUACCGUGAAGGAUUUGUGAACACCAUAAACAAGGGCUACUAUCUUCCUAAGGACGCUGUUUCUGUUGUAGCUGCCAAGGCAUCCCGUGACAUUGUCAGCGAUUAUAAAUAUAAGGCCGGAUACCGCAAACAAUGCGGCCAUCACAUUGGGGCCUUGAGCGUUCAGGACGACCCACUGCUUAUGUUAGCUGCUAAUGCGGCAAAGAUCUCCAGUGACAACAUCUAUAAGAAAGACUUCAACAAGACCAAGACAAAAUAUCACCUUCCGGUGGACAUGCUGUCUGUAGAACUCGCCAAAAAGUGCCAGCGACAAGUCAAUGACUUCAACUACAGAAACUACCUGCACCAGUGGACUUGCCUGCCAGACUCCAAUGAUGUGGUCCAGGCCAGAAAGGUCUACGACCUGAGAAGUGAUGCUGUUUACAAAGCCGACCUAGAGUGGCUGAGAGGAUGUGGCUGGUCAACUCAGGAUUGUGUGGAUGUAGUCAAAGUGAAACACGCUCAAACUGUUCUGAAUGAUAGGCUCUACCGUCAGCACCCAAGCACUGUCAAGUUCACAAGCAUUGUGGAUCUCCCUGCUAUCGUUCUAUCCAAACAAAAUUCUGACAACCUAAGUGAUAGAAAAUACAGAGAAGUGUGGGACAAAGACAAGCUGGUCAUUCACAUGCCAUCAAACGCACCUACCUUUGAACUAGCAAAGGCAAACGCUGUGACUGUCAGCAACAAAUUGUACACAAAGGCAUGGGAUGACCAGAAGGCUAAGGGCUACCACAUCAAAGAGGAUGCUGUCUCUGUUCUGAAAGCUAAAGCUUCCAGAGAUAUCAUAAGCGACUACAAGUAUAAGACAGGAUAUCGCAACCAAGUCGGCCACCACAUUGGAGCUCGCUGUGUCCAGGAUGAUCCCCUUAUCAUGCUGGCUCUGAACUCAGCUAAGAUUGCCAGUGAUGCUCUGUACAAGAAGGACUUCAACAAGUCCAAGACCAAGUUCAACCUGCCAGUGGACAUGCUGAACCUUGAGUUGGCCAAGAAAUGCCAGAAGCAAGUCAACGACUUUAACUACAGAACGUACCUGCACCAGUGGACCUGCCUGCCAGAUUCCAACGAUGUGGUUCAAGCCAGGAAGGCCUAUGAUCUCCAAAGUGAUGCUGUGUACAAAGCUGACAUGGAGUGGAUACGUGGCUGUGGAUGGUCGCCACAUGAGUGUGUGGAUGUUAUGAAGGCUAAGAAUGCACAGAAGAUCCUUGCAGAUAGAGGCUACCGUAUUCAGUUGGAUAAGCAGCCGUUCACAAUUCCUUCAGACAGAAUGGAUAUUGUGCGCGCUAAGAACGCAGCUGAUGUCCUUAAUGAGGCAAAGUACCGUGAGGCCUGGCAUCAGGAUAAGACCAAGUACUCGUUGGUCGAGACUCCAUUGAUUGUCACAGCCAGGGAAGUGGCUAAAAACAUUCACCCGAAACUGUACACUGAUGCGUGGGACAAAGUGAAAGCGACUGGAUACUUUAUGCCUUCUGACGCUGUAUCCAUCAAGCAGUGCACCACUACAACUCAAGUGCAAAGUAAACAUAAAUAUUUGGAAAGUUACCGUAAGCAGGUCGGCCACCACAUUGGAGCUCGCUGUGUCCAGGAUGAUCCCCUGAUCAUGCUGGCUCUGAACUCAGCCAAGAUUGCCAGUGAUGCUCUGUACAAGAAGGACUUCAACAAGUCCAAGACCAAGUUCAACCUGCCAGUGGACAUGCUGAACCUUGAGUUGGCCAAGAAAUGCCAGAAGCAAGUCAAUGACUUUAACUACAGAACAUACCUGCACCAGUGGACUUGUAUGCCAGACCAAAAUGAUGUGAUCCAGGCCCGCAAAGUCUAUGAUCUGCAAAGCGACGUUCUCUACAAGGCAGACUUGGAGUGGAUCAGAGGCUACGGUUGGGUGGCAGCUGACUCUGUUGACCAUGUCAAAGUCAAGAAAGCACAGGAAAUCCUUAACGAUAGACUCUACAAGAAAAAUGCUAUUGCGGAGUUUGGAAAAUUCACCCUUGUUGUGGAUCGCCCUGAAAUCGUCUUGGCAAAAAUAAAUGCUGCCAACCUCAGUGAUCUGAAAUAUAAAGAAAGUUUCAAUGCAGAAAAGGGUCACUACAUCGGGUCAGAUGAUACUCCUCAACUGGCCCAUAGCAGAGAAGUGGCGAAGAUCAUCAGUGAGAAAACCUACAAAAUGCAAUGGGAUGAGACCAAGGCUGCUGGCUACAAGCUAAACCACGAGUUUAUCCCACUGCUCACUGGGAAGAAGGGCAGAGAAAUUGCCAGUGAUGUCAAGUACAAGGAUGCUCAUGAAAAAGCUAAAGGUCACUACAUCGCUGGGACUCUGGUGGACUUCCCUGAGGUGGUGCGCUGUGGACAGCAGGAGAAGAAUAAGCCAAUGAGGAUCUACCAGAAAGACUACCAUCAAUCCAAGACCAAAAACCACAUUCCAUCCGACAUCAUUGCUAACCAGGUAGCUAAGCGCUGCCAGGACAUGUUGAGCAACGUCCUGUAUCGCACCUACCUGCACCAGUGGACCUGCCAUCCAGAACAGGAGGAUGCCAUCCGUGCCCGCAAGACUAACGAGAUACUCAGUGAUGUGUUUUACAAAGAUGACCUGAACUGGAUGAAGGGAAUUGGAUGCUAUGUCUGGGACACACCAGAGAUUCUCCGUGCCAAGAAGUCCUACGAGCUACAAAGUGAUCUUAAGUAUAGAGCAGAGGCCAAAAAGGAGUUCAACAACUACUCAAUUGUGACAGACACGCCAGAGUAUGUGACGGCUGUCCUGGGUCACACCUGGGCCAGUGAGCUGAACUACAGGGAGGCAUAUCACAAGGAGAAGCACUUGUACACCGCUAUCCUGGACACCCACGACUACGCCAGAUGCCACAACUUCAAAUACUUCUUCAGCAAUAAAAUCUACACAUCUGCCUGGGACAAAAUCAAAGCCAAGAGCUACCGCAUCCCACAUGACUCACAUGCGCUGCAGCAUGCAAAACAACAGAAGGUCAUACUCAGCAAUGUGAAAUACAAGGAGGACUAUGAAAAGUUCAAAUCCCUAUACAGUCUGCCCAAGUCGCUUCAGGAUGAUCCGGCCACUGCUCGCUGCGUCCAGGUUGGAAAGCUGGUCUUAGACCGUCUGUACAAAGACAAUUACGAGAAGACCAAGGCCAAAAAUCAUAUCCCCCCAGACAUGCUGGAGAUCUUGUCCGCUCGUAACACCCAGAAAACUGUCAGUGGCAUCAACUACCGAAAGUAUCUGCACCAGUGGAUUUGCAUGCCUGACAUGCAGAUGUAUGUCCAAGCGCGCAAAGUCAAUGAACAGCUCAGUGAUAUUUUCUACAAAGAUGAUAUGAACUGGCUGAAGGGUAUCGGCUGCUAUGCCUGGGACACUCCAGAGAUCCUCCGUGUCAAACAAGCUGGUAUCCUUCAGAGUGAGGCCAAGUACAGAGCUAAGGGUAUUGAAGCCUUUAAGGAGUACACUGUGGUGACGGACACUCCUGUGUAUGAGACGGCCAAGCAGAACGCUCAGAAUCUGAGUGACCUCCACUACCGCUACGACUAUAACACAAAUGUCAAAGGAAGCAGCAGCUCACCUGCUGUUACCAUUGAAACCGAGAGAGCCAGGAUGGCCAACUACGUCCAGAGUGAUAAAAAGUACAAGGAAGCCAACAAGAACUUCAUGCCCACGGGUUACUCCCUUCCCAACGAUACUCCUCUGAUCAAACAGGCAAAGAUAAACAAAGUUGUGACCAGCAGCUUUAAAUACAAGGAAGCCUAUGAGAUGAUGAAGGCUAAGGCGUAUACUCUUCAUCCAGAGGGGGUCAGCUUUGUUACCUCCAGGAAGGUUAACAAGAUGAUCAAUGAUCGUCUGUAUCGUGAGGCUUACGAGAAGCAGAAGGACAAGAUCCACUUAACCUACGACACUCCUGAUAUCAAUCAAGUCAAGAUGAACCAACGAAACCUCAGUGAUCUUUGCUACAAAGAGAAAUACACCAACAGCAAAGGCCAGCUGAUCUCCAUGCCCAUGACACCGGAACUCAUGCACUGUUACCACGUCAAUGAGAUCACCAGCGAUCUAAAAUAUAAAGAGGAUCUGAUGUGGCUGAGGGGCGUCGGCUGCUUCUUGUAUGACACCCCUGAGAUGGUUCAUGUCCGCAGCAUCACCAAACAAAGGGCGAGCUAUCCAGUGGAGGCAAAGAAAAACCUGGCUAACUUCACCGUGGUUCUUGAUACUCCGGAGUACAAGCGUGUAACUGAGCUGAAGACGCACAUGAGUAAUCUAAUCUACAAAGCUCAUAGCAAACAGGAAAUGGCCAAGGUUACGUCUUCUGCAGAUUCUUUGGAUAUCAAGAGGGUCAAAUGGGCUCAACAGCUCUCCAACAAGUACCAGUACACAGAUCUGGCAACCAAGGAAAGGGCACACUUCACACCAGAAAAAGAAACACCAGAUAUGGAGCAUGCCAGAAGAAUGAAAGUGGUCUACAGUAAUAACAAGUACAAAGACCAGUAUGAGAAGAUGAAACACAGAUAUACCGCCAUUGCUGAUACCCCUCACCUGAUACGUGCCAAGAAAGCAUACCUGCAGUCCAGUGAUCUGCGUUAUAAGGAGACGUUUGAGCUUUCUAAGGGCCACUACCACACAGUCAAGGAUGCUUUGGACAUCCUCUGCCACCGCAGAGUCACUGACGACAUCAGUGAGGUGAAAUACAGAGAGAAAUACAUCAGCACUCUGGGGACGUGGAAGUCCAUCCCUGAUCGUCCUGAGUUCUUCUUCAACAGAGUUGUGGGUGAAAACAUCAGCAACGUCAAGUACAAGGAGGACCUAGAAUGGCUGAAGGGUAUUGGAUGCUACGCAUGGGACACUCCUGAGAUGCAGCAGGCCGAGAGGAACAAGACUCUCUACAGUGAGAGACUCUACAAAGCCUCGUUUGAGAAGAAUAGAAGCAAUUUUAAAUACACCUGCGACACGCCGUUUUUCCAGGCUGCGAAGAAUGCCUCCGUCCUCAUCAACGAUAAAAUGUAUAAAUCCAGAGCAAAGGACCUGCUAAAGGGUGGCUGCAAUGUGUUACUACGCCCUGACAUUCUCACAGCCCUUUGCCAGUCCUCAAUGGGCAGUCAGUGGAAAUAUAGGGAGCAGUAUGAACGUGCCAAAGACAAGUUCACCUCUGUCCUGGAGACUCCUAUGUAUGAGACCCAAAAGCGCAGCAAGAAGAUCAGUGAUGUCAUCUACAGAAUGGAGUACAACAUGACAAAGGCUAAGGGAUACUCUCUGCCCUUUGACACUCCACACCAACAACACAUGAAGAGGGUCAAGGAGAUCACCAGUGAUUUGAAGUACAGAGAGGUGUAUGAAAGGAGCAAGGCCCAGAUCAACAUGGACCCCGAGGCUCACGAAAUCCGUGCUGCCAAAGAGGCUUACAAGAACAUCAGCAAUCUGGACUACAGGAAAAAGUAUCAGCAGACCAAGAACAAGUGGAUCUGGACGACUGACAGACCUGACUUCAUCAAUGCUGCAAAGAACUCCUUGCAGCAGAGUGAUGUUGAGUACAAAUAUGACAAGGAGAUGAUGAAGGGCUGUGUGAUACCUGUAGCCACUGACAUGUACACCGUCAUGUACAAGAAGAAUAGCGAAAUGGCCAGUGACGUGAAGUACAAAGAGAAAUAUGAGAAGAACAAAGGCAACUAUGUGCCUGUGUUGGACACUCCUCAAAUUCUCCAUGCCAAGGCUGUGCGCUCACUGGUGUCAGAGAGUAAAUACAAGGCGGCCAGUAAAAAGGUCAUGCAAUCUGGCUCCUUCACCACCCUGAAGGAGACGCGUGACACCGCCCACAGCAAGGAAGUCAACAAGCUAGUCAGUGAGAAAGAGUACAAGGCCAAGUUUGAAAAGGAAAAGGGCAAGUCUGUGUAUAACCACAUGAUCGUGCCUCCGGAUAUUCAGCAUGCCAUGGAAGUAGCAAAGAAUCAGAGCAAUGUUGCCUACAAAAAAGACGCCAAAGCCAGCUUGCAUUACACUACUGUAGUCGACCGACCUGACAUCAAGAAGGCCACCCAGGCAACUAAACUCAUCAGCGAGAUUGGCUAUCGUGAAAAGGCUCGUGAAGAGGCCAGCCGCGGAGGUUCUCUGGCCAACCGCCCAGACAUUGCUUUGGCAACUCGUGUGUCCCAGCUUACUAGCCAGGUGGAGGCCAAGUCCUCCCUCCAUGGAGCUUCUUCCUUUGACACUCCCCUGAUGCGCCACAUUAAGAAAAUGAGUGCGGUGACUAGUGAUGUGAAAUACAAGGAAAAGUUUGAUAAGGAAAUGAAGGGAAAAAGACCACAAUAUGAUAUGAAAGAGAGCAAGAUUUACAAGACUUUGAAGGACGCCAAUGAACUGGCCAGUGAGGUGAAGUAUAAGGGGGACCUGAAGAAGAUCCACAAACCUGUGACGGACAUGGCUGAAUCUCUGUCCAUGCAGCACAACCUGAGCACCAGCAAACUGUCCAGCGACUACUGCUACAAGAAGAAAUUUGAAGAGAGUAAGGGUCACUACCACAUGAUUGCUGACACACCAGAGCAGCUCCAUCUCAAGGAGGCCUCUGAACUGCAGAGCAACGUCAAAUACAAGGAAAAGUAUGAGAAGGAGAAGGGCAAACCUAUGCUGGACUUUGAGACCCCCACAUAUGUGACUGCCAAAGAGGCCCAGCACAUGCAGAGCCAGAAAGAGUAUAAGAAGGACUUUGAGGAGAACAUGAGGGGGAAGAACCUCUCAGGCUUGGAGGUCACCCCUGCAAUGGUUCAUGUCAGACACGCCACCAAAAUAGUCAGUGAGAAAGAGUACAGGAAGGAUCUAGAGGAGGGAGUGAAGGGUAAAGGGCUAACUGUACUGGAGGAAACUCCGGAGCUUUUGAGAGCAAAGAAUGCCACUCAGAUCCUCUGUGAGAGGGAGUACAAGAAAUCUUUGGAGCAGGACAUCAAGGGCCAUGGAAUGUUGGCUUUGGCUACGGACACCCCGGACUUCAUGAGAGCCAGGAACGCCACCGAUAUCCUCAGUCAGACUAAGUACAAGCAGACUGCUGAGAUGGACCGGGCCAGCUACACCACCGUGAUCGACACCCCCGACAUCAUCCACGCUCAGCAGAUGAGAAACAUCGUCAGCCAGAAAAAGUACAGAGAGGAGGCAGAGAAGACCAUGUCUCACUAUGUUCCUGUUCUGGACACUCCAGAGAUGCAGAGAGUCCGCGAGAACCAGAGAAACUUCAGCACACUUCAGUACCAGACUGACCUAAAAAACAUAAAAGGCAAAGUGUCUGCUGUAAAGGACACUCCUGAAAUGCUCCGCGUUAAAGAAAACACAAAGAAUUUCAGCUCGAUUCAGUAUAAAGACGAUUUGGGAGGAGGAACCGCUUUGCCCGAGACCCCUGAGAUGGAAAGAGUUAAACGGAACCAGCGGAACAUUAGCACGAUACAAUACAAGGAGUCUUUGGGUCAAGGCACAGCCAUACCAGAUCUCCCAGAGGUCAAGCGGGUCCGAGAAACCCAGAAGAAUAUCAGUCUGCGUCACUACAAAGAAGGAGUGGGACAAGGCACCUCAGUUUCAGAGACCCCAGAGAUGGAGCGCGUUAAACGCAAUCAGCAGAACAUUAGCAUGAUUAAAUACAAGGACUCUCUGGGUCAAGGCACUGCUAUACCGGAUCUUCCUGAAGUCAAGCGGGUCAAAGAAACCCAGAGGCACAUCAGCUCGGUUUUCUAUAAGGACAGCUCAGCCAAGGGAACUCCUGUGGUGUUCACUCCAGAGAUGGAGCGAGUCAAAAGGAACCAAGAGAACAUUAGCUCGGUGCUUUACUCUGACAGCUUCCGCAAACAGGUCCAAGGCAAGGCCGCCUUCGUCCUGGACACGCCUGAAAUGAGGCGCGUCAGGGAGACCCAGCGGAUCAUCUCAGGGGUAAAAUACCAUGAAGAUUUUGAGAAAAGUAAGGGAAGCUUCACUUCCACCACCUCUGAUCCGGUGACGGAGCGGGUCAAGAGGAAUACGCAGGACUUCAGCGACAUCAGCUACCGCGGCAUCCAGAGGCGCGUGGUGGAGAUGGAGAGGAGACGAGCCAUCGAGCACGACCAGGAGACCAUCACAGAUUUGCGUGUUUGGCGCACCAACCCUGGCUCUGUGUUUGACUAUGAUCCCGCCGAGGACAACAUCCAAUCCAGGAGUCUGCAUAUGAUGUCAGUCCAAGCCCAGCGGCGCAGCAAGGAGCAUUCCCGCUCCACCAGCGCCCUGAGCGGCAUGGCGGAUGAGAAGUCAGAGGUGUCCCAGGAUGCGGACCACCACCUGUCGCUCUACAGCAACGGCUUCAUGACCAGCUCUAUUGGUUACCAGCAGGCUAAGACUGUGGAGCUACAGCAGAGGUCGUCAUCUGUGGCCACCCAGCAGACCACUGUCUCCUCCGUCCCCUCACACCCCUCCACCACUGGGAAAACCGUACGUGCCAUGUACGACUACACGGCAGCCGACAGCGACGAGGUGUCGUUCAAAGACGGCGAUGUCAUAGUUAACGUACAGUCCAUCGACGAAGGCUGGAUGUACGGCACCGUGCAGCGCACCGGCAAGACCGGCAUGCUGCCCGCCAACUAUGUUGAAGCAAUUUAAAGACAGAGCCCGCCCACGGUCCCUCCCUCUAGAGUGGGCGAGACACAUCCACAGGCCCAACCGACCGACUGACCGACCGGUCCUCCUGCCACCAAAGAGUAGCUUUUAGGUUUUCGUUUUUCUUUGUUUCAGUAUAUCGAUGUUGGUAUUUCUUCUCACUGUCACACUCUGCUUCCCCGUCACCUGUGGAUGUGAUAAAAGCUUUAAAUCAUGACACAUACUUCUUCUUGCCUCCUAUGACAAAAACUGCUCUAAGACGUCAUUGUAGAAAUUAACCAACAUGCAACAUGACUCAAUAGUUUGUACAUUUCAAUCAUUAGACACUAUUAUGAUCUUUUUUUUCCUAAAAGCAAACUGCUUUUUGUGGAGAUUGGAAUCCUCAAAAAACACACAGACCCUGAAAUGACAAACUUCUGAAUCUUUGCCUUUGUGAUGAAGGCUGGCCACAAGCACAAUGUGUGUUCUGUUUCUUCCGAUUAUGUAGGUUCUGGCUAAGGCGUGUCCUCUACCUUUAAUCAGUAGCUAAUAAAGCACACCGAGCUCCUGCAGCA